CAACGCGGAUGGCAAGAUAGGGGAGUUCUGUUCCAAGAACUAUUGGAACGAACCAUUCCAAUGUGUGUCGCGGGGAGGGUCAAGCUCUCAUAUUAGAACCCUAAAAGGGGAAGCGCUUCCCAGGUGCUCAAGGUGCGGGCGUCACUACAGCUUAUGCCGGACGCUGCCGACCGGAACUGAUUGGGGUCAAUUCAAGUCAUGCAGGUUGUAAGAAACUCGGGGUCUUGGAUCUUGCGGUCGUGGAUUCGGCCCGGGACAACCGGGGUUGUAGCCGAAGUCCCAUCCCGUACUAUCCACACCGGCGCCCAGAAACUGCAAGAUGCGGCGGCCAAGCAGGAAGUUGAGGAGGCUGCUCCGAGCCACAGCAGCUUCAGCAUUUACCCUCCAGUUCCAGGCCAGGAGAGCUCUCUGCGAUGGGCAGGAAAGAAAUUUGAGGAGAUCCCAGUUGCACACAUUAAAGCAUCCUACAACAACACACAGAUCCAGGUGGUCUCUGCCACUCACCAGCCCCUGGCCCGUGCUUCCUGUGGCACAGAGGGGUUUCGGAAUGCCAAGAAGGGCACAGGCAUAGCUGCACAGACAGCAGGCAUAGCUGCAGCAGCAAAAGCUACAGGAAAGGGUGUAACCCACAUCCGAGUGGUGGUGAAAGGCCUGGGGCCAGGGCGCUGGUCUGCCAUCAAGGGACUGACCAUGGGGGGGCUAGAAGUGAUUUCAAUCACAGACAACACCCCCAUCCCCCACAAUGGUUGCCGCCCCAGGAAGGCUCGGAGGCUGUAAUUGGAAGGAAGCCUGCUCUGGAGCCUGACCUCAAGUCUCGCCUUUAGCUGGACCUUGCAAGAAGCCUCCUGGCCAAACUGUCUCCAGAAGAAGACCUUUUGGAGACCAUCUGGCUCUCCCACAGGAAGCUCCGCCUCCAUGUACCACAAUCUUUUCUGGCUCCUCUAACAGAGGUGGACAUGCUCCACAAGCAGGGACAAACCUGCAUUGCUGCGGCUAACUUCAGCAUGCCCACUAAUUGUGAAUUCUUCUAUCAGCAUCCAGAGGUGGACAGCUCCAUCAGGAGCCACAUUAUAAGCCACAUGCUUCUCAUACACAGGAAAGCUAAGGGGCAGCUGAGGCCCAGGCCCCAGCCUCUGCUGUGUAAAAAUAAAGGACUAUCUGUACUA